AUAUAUACAAAAACAUUGCCUAUAUAUCCCACCCUUACUACCUCUACUCUGUUGCAUAUAUACUUGCAUGCAAACACUACACACAUAUAUACAUACAUACACACAUUCACACACACACAACUAGAUCAGAUCACAGCCGUUCAUUUGAUCACAUGGAAACCCUGGCAGCAAUAUUAUACUCACUUCUUUUCCUGUACACGCUCAUUUACUUCCUCAGAUCUUAUCUCCGCCGGAGAGACCAAUGCUGUUACAUGCUGAACUACGAGUGCUACAAGCCGACGGACGCCGGCCGGCGCCUGAGCACCGACAAGUCGGCGCUGGUGGUGUACCGGAACCGGAACCUCGGAAUCGACGAGUUCCGGUUCCUGCUACAAACCAUGGUCAACUCCGGCGUCGGCGAGCAGACGUACAUUCCGAUCAACGUUCUGGAAGGGCGGGAGGAUUGUCCGACGCUGGAGGACUCGUACACGGAGGUCGACGACAUCAUGUUCCAGACGCUCGAUAAUCUGUUCGCGAAGUCUAGGGUUUCGCCGUCGGAGAUUGAUGUUUUGGUCGUGAAUGUCUCGCUGCUCGCGUCCGCGCCGUCGCUCACCUCGCGCGUCGUUAACCGGUACAAGAUGAGGGAGGAUGUUAAGACGUUUAAUCUCUCCGGCAUGGGUUGUAGCGCUAGCGUCGUCGCCAUUGAUAUCGUUCACCAUCUUUUUAAGGUCUACAAGAACUCCUACGCCGUUGUUGUCAGCACGGAAUCGCUGGGGGCAAAUUGGUAUAGCGGCAAGGAGAGAUCUAUGAUGCUUUCCAACUGCCUUUUCCGUUCCGGCGGCUGCUCCAUGCUGUUCACCAACAACCCGGCUCUGAAGCCCCGAGCAAUCCUGAAACUAAAGCACAUGGUGCGCACCCACAUCGCCGCCAUCGACGAGGCCUACGAGUGCUGCAAGCAGGUGGAGGACCCUCAGGGCUAUCGCGGCUUCCACCUCUCCAAACGCCUCCCCAAAGUCGCCACCAAAGCCCUCGUCGCCAACUUCAAGGUCCUCGUCCCCAAGAUGAUCCCCCUCUGGGAGACCCUCCGCUUCCUCGCCGCCUCCGCCUUGGAGCGCCGCAAGUUCAAGCUCCCCUCACUACUACAAAAAUGCAGCGCCCUCCUCGGGGCGCCAACGCUCAACAUGAAAACCGGGAUCGAGCACUUCUGCCUCCACCCGGGCGGCCGCGCCGUGAUCGACGGCGUCGGCGUCAGCCUCGGGCUGAGCGAGUACGACCUGGAGCCGGCCAGAAUGUCGCUGCACCGGUGGGGGAAUACGUCGGCGGGGGGGCUGUGGUACGUUCUGGGCUACAUGGAGGCCAAGAAAAGGUUGAAGAAAGGUGACAGAAUAUUAAUGUUGAGCCUGGGCGCAGGGUUUAAAUGCAAUAAUUGCGUUUGGGAGGUGAUGAAAGACUUGGGAGAUCCAAAUGUAUGGGAAGAUUGCAUUGACAGUUACCCUCCCAAAACAUUGGUUAAUCCUUUUACGGAGAAGUAUGAUUGGAUUCAUCAUGAUCCUUGUCUCAAUUUUCUUCGAUCAAUGUCGUCGUCGUAGAUUCAUGCAUGCAUGCAUGUUUCUUUGUUGCCGUACGUUGUUGGAGAUCAGAUCCAUCAAAGUGCAGUGGAAUUAAUUGUUUUAUCCCAUGAUUAUACUGAGAUAUAUAUAUAUAUAUAUAUCCAUUUUAUUGAAUAUCAUAUCAAGCAAAACUUUAUUAUUAACUUGUACUUAGUUUUUAAUGUAUCUACUCUCAUCUUUCAAAUGUGAUACUUCUUGUACCAUUAGUGUUGCAACCAAAAGUGUAAAAUAAAGGUUAUUAAUUAGUGUGAUUUUUAUUGUUU